CUGGAGAAAUGCAACACUUUUAUUUUCUAAGUGUCUGGAAUUGGCCUAUGAAACCAAUAUUGUUCCUUCUUGCCCCCAACUCCCCGACCUGUCCCCACUGCCACACAGUAAAGAACUGUUUCUUCUUGAUGGGACCCCUGUAGAUCUGAGUUAUAUAAUUACUGAAGAUAUUGAAGCUGUGCAGUGCCAUACUUACACGGGGUACUGCUGGUGUGUCACCCCAGAUGGGAAGCCCAUCAGUGGCUCUUCUGUGCAGAAUAAAACUCCUGUAUGUUCAGGUUCAGUUACCGACAAGCCCUUGAGCCAGGGUAACUCAGGAAGGAAAGAUGAUGGUUCUAAGCCCACGCCCACGAUGGAGACUCAGCCGGUGUUUGAUGGAGAUGAAAUCACAGCUCCUACUCUAUGGAUUAAGCACUUGGUAAUCAAGGACUCCAAACUGAACAACACCAGUGUGAGAAAUUCAGAAAAAGUCCAUUCGUGUGACCAGGAGAGGCAGAGUGCCCUGGAAGAGGCCCGGCAGAAUCCCCGGGAGGGCAUUGUCAUCCCCGAGUGUGCCCCUGGGGGGCUCUAUAAGCCAGUGCAGUGCCACCAAUCCACCGGCUACUGCUGGUGUGUGCUGGUGGACACAGGGCGCCCGCUGCCUGGGACCUCCACACGCUACGUGAUGCCCAGUUGUGAGAGCGAUGCCAGAGCCAAGAGUGCAGAAGUGGAUGACCCCUUCAAGGACCGGGAGCUACCAGGCUGUCCAGAAGGGAAGAAAAUGGAGUUUAUCACCAGCCUACUGGAUGCCCUCACCACUGACAUGGUUCAGGCCAUUAACUCAGCGGCGCCCACUGGAGGUGGGAGGUUCUCAGAGCCAGACCCCAGCCACACUCUGGAGGAACGUGUGGUGCACUGGUACUUCAGCCAGUUGGACAGCAACAGUAGCAGUGACAUCAACAAGCGUGAGAUGAAGCCCUUCAAGCGCUAUGUGAAGAAGAAAGCCAAGCCCAAGAAAUGUGCCCGGCGUUUUACCGACUACUGCGACCUGAACAAGGACAAGGUCAUCUCAUUACCUGAGCUAAAAGGCUGCCUGGGUGUGAGCAAAGAAGGUGGUAGCCUUGGCAGCUUCCCUCAGGGAAAAUGAGCAGGCACACACCCACUCACAGGACGCCUCGUCUAAGGAGCAGAACAUCAGAGGGCAGGUGGAGAGUCCAGGAGACAGGAUGGACCAACAGACACCUUACCUUCCAUGUUGCCCAUGGCCCAGCCACAUCCCGUGUAAUAUAAGUGGUGCCCACCAUGUUUGCACUUUUAAUAAUUGUUCUUUGUGUGUUUUCUUUUUGGUUUCAUUUUUAAACACCAGUGUCUAAUACCACAAUGGGAAAAGGGAAGGGAAGAAAGACUGUUCAUUUGCUCUACUAUUGUAAGUUUUUGGAUCUGCUACUGACAACUUCUAGGAUAUUUUUGGAGGGGAGAGGGUGUUUUUGGGACUGAGAAGAAAGAGAUUUAUAUACUGUAUAUAAAUAUAUAUGUAAAUUGUAUAGUUCUUUUGUACAGGUGUUGGCAUUGCUGUUUGUUCAUUCUCCUCCCUCUCCCUGCAGUGGGUCGUGGAUGCCCUGGACUCAUGGUCUAGCUUUCUAGAACCCAGGACUCCCUCCCUAGCCUACCUGGAUUUUAAGGGGAAACUGAACCUUGUGCAUAUGUAGACAGGGCUCUGCAAUUAUAUUGCAGAUUUCUUUGGUUCUUUUCUGGUGAAGGGGUAUACUGUCCUUUGCCAUCAGCUGUCAAAGUUGGGGAGCCAUUUGCCCUUGAUCUUUUCAAGGGAGGGUGGGUUGGGGCGUUAUUCCUGGGGACAAGAGUCCACAUCGUGUGAGUAGCCAGCACAGGCACCAGUUCUUGCAUGACCCAUGUGUUUCUGCUCUCCGGAUCCCUCAGGGCCCAGGGUACACUAAGUGACUUAGUGACCCACUGAGUAAAUUAUCCACAGGAUUUGCAUGAGGUCAACUUAAACAUUUUCAUUUGUAUUUAACAUCUACUCUGGAUAAGGCAUGGGAAGGGAGGGAAAAAAGAAAAAGAUGCACAGCAGAGUCUUUUAUGUAGCAGAUGUUUAAUAUCUAAGCAGUGUAGAGAGGGCUGCCCCGAGUGGAGCGCCCACAGGAAAACCUCUCCCCUCCCUGCAAGCCCACUGAAGAGGCUCCUGUGACACAGCUGUGUCCGGGCCAGCUCAGACUGGGUAUUACCUCUCCUCCACCUCCCCCUGUCGUCCUGAGCGGGCAUCACAAGCCCGAAGGAGGAGCUGGAUCAGUCACCUUGUUGGCAACUCAACAGUUGUUUUAUUGUUUGUUUUUUAGCCAAAGACUGAGAUUCCUUCUGUUCCCUCAAGUUUUCUUAUGGGCUUCUAGGCUUUAGGCCAAUUCUAGAAAUAAAACUGAGCUUGGGUCUUCUACUUCUGCCUCCUUGAGAAGGGCAGGAAUAAUGACCCUGUUAUGGGGAAUUGCAGGCCUAGCUUCUCACAAACCUGUUACCAGGUCUCUAGUGUGGGCUGCCCGCUUUCCUGUGCCCAGGUGAUGCAGAUAGCAGCAGGGACAGUCAUGUCUCUGUCCGUGAGUGGCUCUGGUGACAGUGAGGGGGAACUGGUGCCUCGUGGAUAACUCUUGGCAAUCUAGCUUCAACUUGUAUUCCAUCCCAGUAUCCCAUGAGUACAUCUACCUUGCCAGACUGUGGACCCCAUUAUAGGUCUGCAAGGCCUUGGCACUGUAAGCACUGCCCCAGUGGGAGAAACUCAGCCUUCCCAGGACAAAUGGGUUUGGGGCUAGGGGAGGCUCCUGCUAUGCUGGAGAAUGUCGUAGAGGUUGCCUCAGGGAUGACUGGUGGGCCCAACCCAACAUGGUAAGAUGGGAAGGAAUCUUCUCCCAUAGCCUCAGCUUGAAAACUCAGUGUGCUAGAGCUGCAUGGACCUUGCAGGAGACCCCAGCCUCAUUUUCUGGCCGGGAGGAAGCAUGUACACCCAGAGACGGUGCCUCAUUGUAGAAGUUUGGAAUCUCCCACAGGGAUCUUCUCUCUCACAUAUGUGUGUAGGCUGUUUUGUGUGGUUUUCCUUUGUGAGUAAGGGAGGGAAACUAUUUGUAGCUUGUUUUAUAAAAAAUAAAAAUGGAUUCAACUUUG